AUGCUGUAUCUAAGCUCUGGAUUGCUGCUACAUGUAGUACACCUUGCCACGUUUGAGUUUGUAUCUGCUGUCAGAAAUGACUCCUCUAAUCUUCAGAAGGUCAAUCUUCCAGGUGAACACGUUCCAUACUUUCUAUACAGUAACCCAGAGGUGGCCGCCCUCUGCUCCCAGGAUCCUCACUGUCCCUUUAGAGUAAGUUCAUACAAAGCCACUAUUGAGCACCUGACCAAUCAUAGGUCUUGCUGGGGCUAUGAGAAGUCAUGCGGAAAGAAGCACAGGUUCAGCUAUCCCGUGUGUGACAUGGUUGACUCUGCUUGGGCAAAGACCUUAAAGGAGGCUCAAGAAGUGUUCUGGAGACAGGCAGACUUCGGAUAUGUGAAGGAGAGGAUCGAUGAAAUGCAAGUUUUAUGUCGUCCUCGCAGGCCGGGUGACUCACUACUGGCCUGUUCUGCCAACCUUCAACACUGCAGAGCCACCAACCUCUACCUGGACUUGAGAAAUCCUAGAAGAGGCCCUGACAGAUUUAAGGAGGAUUUUAUCCAGGAGGGUGAGAUUGGAGGUCACUGUGAACUGGACUCCGAAAAGCUGCAGUCUCAAGGUCAGCGGAAGAGUCCCUUGCAGUCUUGGUUUGCAGAACUGCAGACAUACAGCUCUUUAACCUUCAGACCUAUAGAGGAUGGACACUGUAGCAUCAUCAUUGAAAUACCAACAUAUAUCAUGAAGCUGGAUGCAGGUGUAAAUAUGUAUCAUCACUUUUGUGAUUUUGCUAAUCUUUACAUAACACAACAUGUGAACAACUCAUUCAGUACCGAUGUCCAGAUAAUCAUGUGGGACACGAGUUUCUAUGGCUAUGGCGAUUUGUUCAGUGAGACAUGGAAAGCAUUCACUGACCAGGAAGUCAUCCACUUGAAGGCGUACGAUUCCAAAACGGUCUGUUUCAAGGAUGCCGUGUUCGCACUACUCCCCAGGAUGAGAUAUGGGCUGUUUUACAACACGCCUCUGAUUUCUCAUUGCCACAGCACCGGAUUGUUCCGAGCCUUUUCCCAACAUGUGCUUCACCGGCUGAAGAUCUCCCAAGAAACGUUAAAGGAGGAGAAAAUCCGAGUCACCAUUCUUAUACGUAGCACGGAGUUCCGAAAAAUAUUAAACUUGGACAAGUUGGUUGGAGCAUUGAAGACUGUUCCUCUCUACCAAGUUAAUGUUGUGGAUUACAAGUACAGAUCUCUUGGAUUCCUUGAACAACUAAGGAUCACACAUAAUUCAGAUAUAUUUAUUGGGAUGCAUGGGGCUGGACUGACACAUCUGCUCUUCUUACCAGACUGGGCCGUUGUAUUUGAGCUGUAUAAUUGUGAAGAUGAGAGGUGUUACCUGGACUUGGCAAGGCUUCGAGGAGUUCACUACAUCACAUGGGAGAAGGCCAACAAGGUUUUUCCUCAGGAUAAGGGACAUCACCCGACUUUGGGGGAGCAUCCGAAAUUUACAAACUACUCCUUUGAUGUCGAUGAAUUCAUGAGGCUAGUGGGCUCGGCCGCGGAUUACGUCUCUCGUCACCUGAAGUGGCCGUUUCGAAGACCGCGUGAUGAGCUUUGA